GGCGAGAGAGAUGGGUGUAGAAGUAGAUGAAUGCGGAAGCAAUGAGGCUCAAAAUCCAGAGUUGAGUGUUUCCAAUUUCCAUCUCUUUGUCAAAUUCUCAAACUCCAUUGACACUCCUCUGCACAUUUUUUACAUAACUUCUCCGCUUCUCUCUCCCAAUCCCAAACGCCAUCUUCAUCUAUAAAUUACUCCUUUUUUAAGUUAACUACGAUUCUCCUUUUCUUCUCAUUUCCAUUUACUUCCAGGUCUAACUGAAGUGCUCGUGUGAUGCAAAGUACAUGUUUCAGAAUCUUUCUUCGUUAUUUUUGAGUUAGAUGAGGACUUUUCCUAUGUGCUUUUCAAUCUUGCAAAUCCCCAGAUGCAGAAUUCACACCUUAGCUAACUUUUGGCAGGAAAGCUUUCACAGCUUACAACAUAGGACAUGUAGAAACAAUUCUAGCUUUAGGUUGCUAGGUUCCAAAGCCAAUGGGCCUGAAGGAGGAUACAGCAGACGAUGGAUUAGAAGACCUAUAAGUACAAAAACAGAAGGAACAAAUAAAAUCACUCGAAAUAGCAGUAAAUCAACCAGUAUCAGACAUGAAAUUUUAGAUGAAACAGUUUCAACUAGUGUGAAUGUAAAGAAAAAUGAGUUAUGCGAACUCCGAAAAACUCAAUACUGUGACAUCCAACGAAAGAUUCUUGAGACCGAUGAUUUGGCCAAGCUUGUGACAGUUAUUGUCUUUGAUCUUGAGACUACUGGCUUUAGUAGAGAGAAUGAGCGAAUUAUCGAGAUUGCACUACAAGAUCUUCAGGGAGGUGAAAACAGCACUUUUCAGACACUAGUAAAUCCUGAUCGGUAUGUUCCUAAUUCAAGUGUUCAUGGCAUUACAACCCAUAUGGUCUGCAGACCUGGCAUUCCAAGGAUGGAAGAGCUGAUACCUAUAUUACUUGAGUAUAUCAGAAGCCGUCAAAAACCUGGUGGCUAUGUACUGUUGGUGGCUCACAAUGCUCGAACUUUCGAUGUACCUUUUCUGACUAAUGAAUUUAAUAGAUGUGGUGUUGAUAUUCCUUCUAAUUGGCUAUUUGUGGACACAGUUCCUUUAGCACGCGAAUGGAUGAAGUCUGAAGGAUUCAAAAUUUCUUCAAGAGUAUCUCUGGCAGUCCUUCGCGAUACAUUUGGAAUUAAGUUGACUGGAUCAGCUCACCGAGCAAUGUCGGAUGUGAACACAUUAUCAUUAGUUUUUCAGAGGCUGACUUUCGACCUGAAAUUGACACUUGAUAGCUUAGUAGCAAAGUCGUUCACAGCCUCAGAUUUGACCAAUGUAAAGAAGAAGAAUUCAAGCUAGUUUAAAGUUGUAAUAUGUUCAUUGUAACUUGUAACUCAUUCUUUGUCAAAAUAAGCUCAAGCCAUUAUUUUUAA